AACACCACACACACAAUCCACCUCUCCCUGUUCAUUGAUUAAGAUUGACAUUCCGAUUCCGUUGAACGUCAAAAUACUUGUGCGAACCAUCACCGCCGCCGUCGUCCGUCAUCGAAUUCGUUUGUUUGUUUGUUUGUUCGUUCGUUCGWAGUUUCGUACGUWCGUUGCGUCCGGUACACCCGCGCUCCAUUGUUUUUAUCAUUCGACGUCGUCGUUGCAUGCACCCGCGUAUCGGCAGCACGACACCACCCCGUACGCGCGCACAGUGCAGUGCAUAUACGGUGCGGUCAAACAACAGUCGCGUCCAUGACAAUAUCAACGCAAUCCGCGCGCACCAACAACGCCGCUGCUUCGUCUCCAUCUCUGUCGUUACUGUAGCUAUCGUUUCGUAGGGGAAUCGUUCUCGAUCACAUACGCCAGCCGUCGCUGCAGUCUAGCACAGAGCCGUCGCCACUGAUUAUCGUCGAUUUAGCCGCCGCCAUGGGACCGAAAAUCGUUUGCCUGGCGGUCGUCUGCGUUUUUCUUGUGCACAACGUGCUUGCACAAUCUGAUAAAAAUGUAUCAUCUACUAAGCCUUCAAAACCAUAUAAGGAUGAAUUAUUUAUUGAUGAUGAAUCUGAAAAUGCAGAUGAUGGUGACACUGAUAAAUUAGAUGCUGAUGAUAUGAUGCUUGAUGAAGAAGGUAGUGGUAUGAGCCCCCCAUCAAAAGGAACAGGGGCUGAAGACAUGGAAUCAAGUGGCUCCGGCUAUGGACCUGAUGAUGAGGAUGCACACGUUGGUGGUAAAAGCAAAGGUAAACCAGGAGUUGAUUCUGAGGAGGAUGAUGACGAUAUGGAUGAUGGUGAUGAUGAAGAUGAAGAUGACAAUGAAGAUUUUGAUACAGAAAAACCACAAAAGGCGUUUACUCCUGUAACUUCUACAUCAACUACAACUACAACAGUCAAGAGUCUCGAUGAAGAAUCUAAUUUCCCUGAACAGCCUAAACAAAACAUUGAUGAUGUCAAUCUGGCACCUAGUGUACCUAAUGUACCUGAAGUACCUCAGACUACAUCUACGUCUACUCUUCCACCACCUCCUUCCAAUGCUAUUGAUGAACAUUCUAGCGGUAAUGGAGUCUAUAUAAGUCCAAACAGCCACCCUGAGCGAACAUCUUCAUUUUUCGCACAACCUGGCAUACUUGCAGCUGUUAUUGGAGGUGCCGUCGUGGGAUUGUUAUGCGCGAUUCUAGUGGUUAUGUUCAUUGUAUACAGGAUGCGUAAAAAGGAUGAGGGAUCUUAUCCGUUAGAAGAAACUAAACGUUCACCAGCAACAAAUCCAUACCUAAAGCCUUCACAUCGCGAAUUUUAUGCAUGAGUACAUUCGUAAAUUGGUUACUCGAGCCUAUGAACAUAGUAUACGUUAUAAUAAUAAUAUUGUUUUAUCACCUCCUUCCCCGUAAGACAAUUUAACAAUUCCAAAGGCAGCUAUAUGACUUCUAGUCAAAAAUACAUUUAUAUAUAUAAAUGAUAAAUAGAGUUUCAUUAUAAAUAAUCAACCUUUUAAAACACAAAAAAUU